AGAGUUUGGAUUCGCCCAGUUUCUCGCCAGCCUCACUCGACGACCUGCACACCGAAUAUCCCCUCUAGGAACUAUCCCACAGCCUUGCAGCCCAUUCCAAGCAACGUAUAUGAAUUCCCACAAUCCAUGUUUCGGGAUCUUCUCGAUCGACACUCUUGACUUCCUAUUUCAAGACGGCUAAUCUCGACGAGAUGGAUUUCAAUUAUUUCGAUCAGCUCGAUGGGGGGUACCCGUGGUGGAUGGAAGCUCGCACCUUUGCGGAUGAUGAGGGAUUUAAUGUCCAGCCCCAGCCUCAUCAACCCCGGCUUGAAGAAUUUCCUACAUACAACACCACCAUCCACUCAGACGAAUUUUCAUAUUCAGGUGUUGGCCAAGAAGCCAACUACUUGGAGUUUGAAGUGCCGAUUGUGAGACAGCCAACAGCCUCGUGGUCGGAAAAUGUUGCAACCUACGUGGCCGCCCAGUAUGAUGAGGCUCCAGCCCCGUCAAGCAUGAGUGCCGUGGUGCACGUGAAUAACAGUGGUGCAAGCACCAACCACUCAAGCUCCAAUCAACCUUCCGCAUUAACAAGUAGUGGCGGAAACAAGCGCAAAAUGGAGGAACAUGUCGGAUGCUUCUCUAUCCACAGUGAUCCGAAAGAAAACAGACGGAAGAGGCAGGCUUUUGAUCAGGAGACCCGCAAAAAGGUGGCGGUGAUCAGAAAAGUAGGGUCUUGCUCGAGAUGUAAAGCACGAAGAGUCAAGUGCGAUUUCCCAGGUCCCUGCCCUCCAUGCAGGAAGGCAGCAGAUAGUAUCAGCCUCGCGAAACACAUUUGCAUUCGUCAAACAUUGCUGGAGCUCCGCUUUAGCGAGACGAGUUUUGAUUUCCUCUCCCAGUGCUACACAGAAGAAUUGCUCCAGACAGAAAUUGGCGCUUUCCAUGGAAAGAAGAGGACUAUUGCUUGCAACCUCCUUUUCCGAGGGACCGAUACCAUCACUCGCAGGCCGUUGCUGCUGGAAGUUCAAGACUACUCCGUGCCAUAUGUCAACGCCCCUCCGCUAGAGUCUGAUUGCCUUGUGGGUUACGACAAAUCUACGCCCAUCUUUAAGAGGGUUACUAGCGAGAGGUAUGCGCUUACCCCGGAGAGCCUCCCGACAGUGAGACAGCUCCUGGACUGGAUCCAGCUCGAUGUACAUUCUCCAAAUGAGAGUACCGUAAAGCGCUUUAUGCUCUCGCUAGGUGAGUUCAUGGAACGCUACUGUGCAGAACAACCAGACGUGCCCAUGUACGAAAUGCUCAACAGUGCCGUGACAAUCCUCAAACUCCUCCGUUGCUGGCGAAACUGCAAGAUGACCACCUCGCCGGAUCCCAGCAGCACUCAGUCCCCUUUGGACCCCAACCGUAACAAACAGCACAUCUCACGCACCGUCGUCUCCCAAUUCCUCCUCAUAAUCAAAGACGGGAUCCGCACCGCCGAACUAACACUGCUCGACAACCUCGAAAAGCUCGUCUACAGCACCAAAGGGCCCGGUCAAAAGAACAUGAUUCCCCUCUGGACAACUCUCUGGACACUCAUCCUAACAUACCGAGACUGCAUGACAGCCUACAAAUUCAGCCAACACUGCUCGACUACCAUAUGUUUCGAGCACGACGCCGCAGACGCCGAAGUCCUGAUCGAGGCGUCAAAACAUAUGUAUCAUAUACUGACAUCGGUGUAUGCGGCGCUGUUUCGGGCGAGCACUCCGUUGUAUUUGGAUUGGAGGGAGGGGAGUAAUAUGGAGUUGCUUGGGAAUAGCGAGGUGUUGAAGGGGGCGUUUAUUGCGCUGAGGACGGAGGUUGAGUGGUUUUAUGGGCAGAAACAUAGACUUGGGAAUGAAGAUGCGAGGUUGAAAGAUGAGAUAAUUGAGCAAGAGCAACGAUUGAAGCCGAAGUAUCCGACGAAUGUUGUGGUGAGGAGAAAGGCGCAGCCUUCCAGGGCUGAGGACAAUGUCGUGAGUGGAUGCUUGGCUGCUGUGGAUUGUCAUUUUGAUCAUUGAGGUGUAUUGGGAGAAUGGAGUUCCUGUAUUUACUCUGGUGUUCUGUUUCUGGACGUUAAACGCAGUUUCAUUUUCUUGAUGUUUUCUGGAAUUGGGUUAACUGUGCAGAGGAUGGUCACUGUACUUCAAUUGAUUAUCGCAAGAUUGAAAACAAUACUAAAUACUCGUGAACUCAUCUUUGCGACGGGUGGGCUUUCUCCCAGGGCUGA